GCUGAGAGGAAACCAUCGGAAAGAAAACAGAGAGCGAGAGAAGGAGGGUAGGAGACGGGCAAGAGAGGAGGGGCUCCUGAAUAGAUACAGAAAUGGGAGGAGAGGCGAGGAGAGACGCUUGCAUAUGAAGUGCCUUUUGUGUUCAAGAUAUUUUGGAGGGGCAUGAAUGAGGAUAAGAAAGAGGGUGGAGGUAGGCUGUGAGCCCGAGAUAAAGAUGGAGGUGAGAGUUGUUCAUGGGGUUUUGGUUUGUGGACGUGUGAACGAGAUUGGCGAGAGGUAGUCAGGAAGAAAACAAGAUGUGUAGAGAGAAAGAAAGGGCAAGUGGGGGCUUUUGGGCCUCCCCCUGACAAAACGAGCAGAGGGAGGCAGAACAAGUUGACUGGCUUUGGCAGGGCAUGCUCACUGCAUAGCUGCUGUUUGUCUCAACGCCACCUAUUCAGGAGGAAGGAAGCCAAGACAGACGAGCACCGAAGAGUCAGUGGAAACCGAAUCGCAGCGAAGAAAAGCCAGCAGAGUCCAAUCACCAGAGGGGGAGACCCCAAAGCGAAGGCAGGAGCGAGACGCAGCCUGUCUUUUCUCAAGAGGGUGAGAGUCUCAAGUUCCGCUGCUGGCUCUUGGGUGGAAUGACCCUAUCAUGAUGUCUUAUCAUUGCUGCGCCCCAUUCCCAGGUGACCAGGGAGGGCAUGUCUGCUAUCAGGCAAUCAUAGAGAGGACCGCAUUAGUAUUGCUUCUGGUUCCAGUUCAGAGGGUUUUCCUCUUUGGAGCCUCCGAAAUCAGUGACACUCCACCUCUUUGGCUAUAAUUCCUGUGCCUAUCUCUUCCAUCAUUUUCCUUGGACUGUUAACUCUUUCCUGGUUGACUAUCUUGGGAUGCUGGUGUCAUUCUGUGGCAGUUGCUAUGGAGAUAGAUGGGAUUCUUUAGUAGGUCAUUUUGGACAUAACUUCCAGAUGUGCCAGAUGCAGUGUGUCCACACAGGCAGUGUUAUACAAGGGCAGACACAGAGGUGCCACAUGGCUCAGUUUCUGGAUUCAUGCUUGGUGGCAUCAUCACAGAAAGAUCUUUAGAACUUCUUGUGGAACAUCUUACUCUGCCUCUUGUCAAUUUUAAGGACCCUGUUGCACAAAAAUUAGUCAAGACACUUCUUUCAUCAGCAUAGAAGCCAUGCGGCACAUUCAUGUGGAGCUAGCCCACAAAAAGGCUCCAUUAGAGCUUCCAGCCCAAGAGGGUGAUCUCCCUCCACCUACAGCCCCUGCACAGGGCCCAGACCCUGGAGUCAGACCUGGGGCUGCCAAGCACUUUGGCCCGGAAGAACUGUGUCUCCAAAAGAUCUACCAGCUUUCCAUCUUCUCCCAGUUGGGGGGAUUUUCUACCUCCACAGAAUCUCAGAUUGAUGCUCAACAAAGGCCUGUCCGGUCAUGUGUGAAAAGAGGGCUAGAGGAGCCCCUGUUGACUCAUAAACGCCCUCAUGUGGUGGACUCAUCAGACCCUGGAGGGAUGUUAUUUGGGCCAGCACCAACCUCAGGUGUGGGCAUGGGGUUAGGAAUGGGCUCUGCUGGGUUUGGUUCUGUAUACUCUUGCACGCAGCUGGAGCACAGAGACUAUGAGGGGGGGAGAUCACCCAGAUCUCCACCUCUUUCUCCAAACCACAACCCCUCCCGUCGUCCAGCCCAGCACAAUCAUGACAGGCCAGUUCCAGAUAUAUUUGCUCCUCUCUCACCUAAAUCAUACUCAAAGGGUGACCCAAUUGGGCAUCUUUGUGACCAGGGACAUACCUUGGGCAACUUGGCCAGGACUGAGCCACCUAAUGGGGGGCGCACUCCCACUUACUCACUAGGUAGCCCUGGAAAUGACAACUGUAGCAAUGGAUCAUCUGGAGGACAGCCCAGCUCAUACCUUUAUGAGAUGUCCACAUAUGAAACACCCAGCCCUGCCAGCCCCACUAGUCCCCCAGGCCCUUUCUCACCUCCACAUCACACAGAGCUGCAAGAACCAGGGGAGGCUACAGAAUGGGAAGCUGGGCUAGAAUCUUCCCCACCUGAACGAAGUGCUACCCAGGUUGCCUCCUCCUCUAGUGGACUUGCCACAUGGGAGAAGACCCCAAUCUGUAAUGGCCUUCGCCUGACCUGUGGAGGCCACUGGCCAGCUAAAAAGAAGCUGCUGUCCCCAAGCGAUACAGGGGAGUCAUGUUCAGAAGAUGAGGGUCCUUCCACCUCCAAGAGGACCAGGCUGUCAGUGCUAACCUCAGGACUUGGACCAGCCUCCUGUCGCAGUACUGAUGCUAAAGCUGCCCCAUACUGGAACCACCUGCUGCCUUCAUCACGGGAUUGGCCUAAGAGUGCCACAGAUUGCACUAGAUCAGGAAGACGGCUGAAAAGUGCACUGCGGACAAAAAGUCGUCAACUGCGGAGCAGCAGGCACACAGACAGCGGUCGCUCCACAUGUUCCAGUCGGCCUUCAUCUUCUGUCAGCAAAUCCUUGCUGGGAAAUUUUGAGGAGUCCAUGCUGAAGAGACGUUUCUCCCCAUCAGGACAGAUCGAAGGCUUCACAGCAGAGAUCGGUGCUAGUGGCUCCUACUGCCCACAGCACGUCACCCUGCCUGUGCAGGUUACAUACUAUGACAUCUCAGAGCACAGCGCCCCCUCACCCUUUCUGGGGGUGAUAUCCCUUGAACCUCUUGGAAAGAAAGGAUACAGCAUACCCAAAGCAGGGACCAUUCAAGUGACCUUAUUUAACCCCAAUAAAACUGUGGUGAAGAUGUUCCUGGUGACCUACAACUUUAGUGACAUGCCUGUCAAUCACAUGACCUUCCUGCGCCACCGAAUCUUCUUGGUGCCUGUAGAGGAGGCUGUUGAGGGGAAAGGCGGAGGUUCUCCAGGAGGUGGAGCACAAGACAGAAAGAAGAUUCUUUGCUACCUGAUACAUCUCAGAUUCCAGAGCUCCAAAUCUGGGAAGAUCUACUUGCACAAUGAUAUCCGGCUGCUAUUCUCCCGUAAACCCAUUGAAGUGGACACAGGGAUCCCUUACGAGCUGAAAUCUUUCACCGAGGUGCCAAGAAACCCUAAAUACUCCCCACGUUUGUGACCCUUGUUUGACCCAACACCAACGCGGGCCCUCUUGUGCUUCCAAGAGAGGAGGGAGGGGAAACUGACAGACUGUUGGAUUGAUGGACACAAGAACUUGAUGAGACAAACCACAUGCACACAUUCAGUUCUGACUAUUGUAAAAGCGCCUCUUUUUCUGCAUUUAUCCUGCACUGGGAAACUGUGUGUUUAUGAAAGAAAAAGUUUCUGAAUCAAACAAUUUUUGGAACUUCUUAUUCACAGAAAAUUCUAAAAGUCUUUCAACACAUCAGCAGUCUGGCAUGUAUGCAGUCAAAAGUGGCGUUUUUGUGAUACAUAAUACAUGCACCACACUGAAAAUAGACUAUUGCACAUAACAGCUACAGUCAACCAGUCCUGGUGGUGAAUCUCUGAAUUCAGUGUUAAUAUGCAUGCCUUGUGAAUUUAACACCUGAGUUUUCCUCUAGUUAUGCAUUACACUGUCCUUCACUCUGCCUGCACCCCCACCACACCUACCAGUGCCAGAUCAGUAACAGUAACACCACGACUUUUAAUUGUAUGUGGGAGAUAAAGAACAUAUCUGUGAUUGUCCGCUAAAUAAGGUGAUAUUAUAUCUCCUUUUUAUUAUCUAUUACAUUUUCUGAAUAGAGGAGUUGAGCAGAGCUAUACGACUGAUCGUGAGCCCAGCCACAUUGAUCGGAUUUUUAUUUAAUUUUUUUUUUUUUUUUUGAGCCAUACAAUAUGUAAUUUGUCCAAAUUCAGGGCAUCCAUUGAAGUUUAAGGAAUAAGUUUCUAAUAACAGGAGGGUCCUAUUGUUGUUAUGAAUAGCAGAGGAUGCGAGUUAAAUUUUAUGUAGCCAGACUGAGGGACACUGUGCUGUUGUUGUUUUUUAUUAUUAUUAUUAUUAUUUUUAAAAGAUUUCUUUAUGGACAGUCUGAUGGUGGAACAAAAACAUGGAAAA